UUAUCAAUAAAAUUUAUCAAUAACAGUAACAAAAAAAAAUAUAGCUGGAAAAUAUCAACGGUGAUGUUGUUGUAUUUGGGCUCGCCCAGAAAAGGGAAUUACCUUAAUUGAGUCGUGAUGUGGCAAUUAAUUUAGAAAAUUGGCUCUUACGUUCAAUUUAGAAUCUAUUUGGUGAGAUCAAAGUGUGAAUGUAAACAUUCCCACCGUCGCGGCGCUCCAUUAUCCCCACUUGUUUCCAUUCUAUAGCUGAUCUUCGAUAUCUGAGCUUUAGUAAUGACAUGAGAGCCGCGAGACGCGAAAUGUCUUCUGUUCGAUUCAUCUUUGCUGCAAUCCUUCUAUCUUUGACUGAAUGUGCCAUCUACGAUAAUAGCAGAUUGAAAGCACCUAAAUGCUGUCCACAGUUCGAGAGCCUCAAAGAAACCAAUGGGAAUUUCACCUGCGAACCGUUCUUGCAAAAUAAUCAGAUAGUAUCAACUUAUAUCAAUUUCGCAGACUGCGUUGGGAAGUGCGUUGAUUUUACCACGAACGGAACGUUAGUGACAUUUGAUUGUAACGAGAGGAAAGUGCAGGAGGAAAGCGAUUACAUCCAGUUUCCGAAAUGCUGUUCCUAUGGACAUGAUUACAAUAGCGAGAAUCACGGUUGUGAUAAAAGCACUAAACCAUUGAAAACCCAUUUCGAAUUACUUAAAGUUAGUAUGAGCCAGUGUCCUAUACACACGCACGCAAUUGUUGAUUAUAUCACCGAUGAAGACAAGAUUGAUUACCAGACCGACUACUCUAUAAGAUUCAAUAGAUCACAAUACUUCCAGAAAGACUCUUAUUGUCUUGAUUUCACAACUAAUGGUAAAGCUGUAGUCAGAUCCUGCGAGAAAGUUGAAGAUGUUUGCUCGAUUUACAAGGAAAAUGGUAUACAGUGCAUUAGAAAAUGCUGCGUCGAUGGCGAGUUUUACUUGGGACCCAGGUGCAAAGCUGCACCCUCUUACAAAUUCGUUCCAGCAUACACAGGAAUUCACAAGAAAUACGCCCUUAUCCAAUCGCCUAAGACUAAAAAAAUAUUGCUGGACGAUGAAGAAAUUCUCAAUAUCGAUUCGCACGGAAGCAUAAAGUCAAUAAGUGAUAAAAACGUCAUUUUUUUGGAUGUCAGUAAACCAUCAUAUUGCUUUGAAACACUAGGAGACAAGAGAACUUUGGUCUUUAAAUACGUCGUUCACGAUCAUUCUCAAGACAUAAACUUUAGGAUCAAUUCGAUUUUCUUGGGAAUUUCCUGCGUUUUUCUUUCGCUAACUAUAAUUGGUUUUAUUAUAUUGCCGAAUCUGAUGAACAAGUUUGGAUUCCUGAUAUUGUGCUACUGUCUGAUUACACUCGCCGGAUUCUUAAGCAUGGAAAUCUCCAUCAAUGUUAACGUUAAGGAGAUAUGUGUCCUUAUGGGUUUCAUUAUCAUGUUCACUUUCCUGGGAUCCUUCACCUGGUUGAACAUUAUUUGCUUCGAUAUGUACAUGGCCUUUGGGACAAUGAAGCUAAUUAAAGUUGGGAAUAAAAGGCGAGACCGCAAAAGAUUCAUCUUCUACAACUUAUAUGGCUGGGGUGUUCCUACGGUGUUAACAUUGAUAACAUAUGUGAUUUACAAAACCGAUUGUGUACCAGAUCCCAUAAAACCCGUAAUCGGCCGUGGAACAUGCUUCUUUCAACACACUCGAAAGAACGGCUACGACCAUCUCCUUUACUUCGUUUUACCUUUAACCAUCUUGAUCGUAUGCAAUGCCGUCCUCUUCCUGAAGACCAUCAUCUACUAUUUCAAAGUAAAAACUGAGAUCAACACUAUGAACGACAAUUACGCCACCGAUAAGGAGAAACGGUUCAAACUCUUCAACGCCGACAGAGAAAAAAUGAUUAUGCUAAUGAAACUGUUCCUUGUGAUGGGAAUUUCUUGGAUGUUUGAGGUCGUUUCGGACGUGAUUUCGUUCAAGUCGAACAGCGUUCUGCAGGUUAUCGAAAUCAUUUGGGAUUCCUUCAAUUCCCUUCAAGGGUUGUUUAUAUUCUGCAUUUUCAUGGUGAAAGCCAAAACCUGGGAAGCUCUGAAGAAAAAAUUUUGCCCGGCUUUCGGGAGGCGACGCUCGGAGCAUUCGAGCGCAACGUUAGGGACGACCCUGUAUAGCUCUUCGGAAGAUCCAAGAUCUAUAAGAUUGAUGAGUAGAGAGAAGAGCAUCGAGAAAGAUUAGUGAGGAAAGGAAAGGGAGCACGUUUACAAAUACUACUUAAAGACAAUUAUUAUAGGAAUCUCCAAUGUUUAAUUGCACUAUAUACAAUAACAACUCAAAAAAAAUAUAUUGAAACAUUGAUGUAUUUAUUUAGCUA